CAUUUCUCUUCACCACCCACUUUUUCACUUCUCUCCCAUUCUAGAGAAACAUUGUUUCUGUUUCUGCGACCAUGGCCAGCGUGAAGGUUGCAUGCAUUGUUGUAAUGUGCAUGGCUGUGAUGAGUGCAUCUGUGAUGGUGCAGGCCAUUACAUGCAACCAAGUGAAAGUGAGUCUGUUACCGUGCCUAGGUUACCUGAUGAACGGUGGAGAGGCUGCACCAUUGUGCUGUAGCGGAGUAAAGAUCGUUCUGGGUGCUGCUGGCAGCUCCGCUGACAAACAAACCGUGUGCAACUGUCUCAAAGAUGCUGCUGGUAAGUAUAACAUCAAUGAACAGUAUGCUCAGGAACUCCCUGGCGUCUGCAAGGUCAAUGUCCCUUACAAGAUCAGCCGCUCCACCAACUGUGCAGACAUCAGGUUCUGAAAAAGCAAGUAGCUUUCCUAAUUUCUGCGGUGGGAUACUGAGGCAGCAUUGUAGCAGAUACUAUCAGAAUAAUAAAGAGAAAGCGAGUGUGACAGUUGCAUAGUCUUUGUUGGUUUCUCGGCUUCUGUUAUUAUAGUCUUUGUUGUUGGGUGCGAUUUAAUGUAUCUUACUUGAUUGUUGCAUGUAACAAUCACGUAUAUGAUAUAGUAAUUUCAUCCUACUAUUAU